CGUGUUGAGAAAGCUGAGAAUUAUUCUGGAGGUGACUUGUGCAGUGUUGAUAGUUCAAUUGAUUUCCCAAAAAAGAAGGCAUUAUUCCUUGGAAUCAACAGAACCUUCGACACUUGCCAGUUGCCACCACCAAGCCUAACCGCCCUCGGCUCCGCGAAACUUCGUGAACCUCCCUGACUCCACCGCCUCUUAUAUCCAUAUUAUUCUCAUAUAACUCGAGCAAAUUUGCAUUUUCUCAAGCGAAGCCUAAUUACGAACACUUUCGCAAUGGCCGAGGGCAAUGCUGUAACGGUCUAUGGAAGCAACGCUGCCAUCACUAAUGCCAAGAAGAACCCAUUUCCGAUCAAAGUCGGGAUCGCCCAGAUGCUACGGGGUGGUGCUAUUGUCGAAGUCACUACCGUGGAACAAGCCAAGAUCGCAGAGUCCGCCGGCGCUUGCUGUGUAACUGUAUCGGAUCCACCCAGAGAAGGAAUUUCCCGCAUGCCUGAUCCGGGCCUGAUUAAAGAAAUUAAGCAAUCCAUCUCAAUUCCCUUAAUAGCGAAAGCCCGGGUUGGGCAUUUUGUGGAGGCUCAGAUUUUGGAGUCAGUAGGAGUUGAUUAUAUUGAUGAAAGCGAGGUUUUAGCCAUCGCUGAUGAGGAUCAUUUUAUUAAUAAGCAUAAUUUUAGGACGCCAUUUAUUUGUGGGUGUCGCGAUCUGGGAGAGGCUUUAAGGAGAGUGAGAGAAGGGGCUGCGAUGAUACGCACUCAAGGUGACUUGAUGGGGUCUGGGAAUGUAAUGGAGACUGUUCGUAGUGUGAGGAAAGUGAUGGGUGAGAUUAGACGUUUGAAUAACAUGGACGAGGAUGAAGUGUUUGGGUUGUCUAAGCAGAUUAAAGCGCCUUAUGAUAUUGUGGCACAGACGAAACAAAUGGGGAGGCUGCCGGUGGUUCAUUUUGCUGCUGGAGGUAUAGUGACUCCUGCUGAUGCUGCACUGAUGAUGCAAUUGGGAUGUGAUGGAGUGUUUUUGGGACCAGAAGUUCUCAGUUCUGCCGAUCCUUACAAGAGGGUUCGGGCUAUUGUCCAGGCUGUUAGGAGUUAUAAUGAUCCUGUGGAGCUGGCGCAGGUGAGCAGUGGUUUAGAGGAUGCAAUGGUUGGGUUGAAUCUUUCUGAGAAUAGGGUCGAGCCGUUUGGUGCUGCAAGUACUUACUGAAUGAUUGAUGGGAGCUGCAUUGAAUCUCUUCAUCAUUCUGUUUUGGAGUGUGUAGGAAUGAUGAUUUAGUGGAAUGUUACAGUUAGAGGUUACUCUUCUUAAUUGUUGUCUUUGCAUUUACCAUUGAAUAAAAAUGAACUGAUGUUCAUACAUGCCUAGCAUUGCUAUUGCUUAGAUGCGAAAGCACAAUGGUUUACUUUCAUAUAAAAUAAAUUUGUUGAUGAAUUGUGAUC